UGCGGAGCAGGGUUCUGGUGGCAGCGGGGCGCGGAGCUGGGUGCGAGCCGAGCCUCAGACUCCCGCCGCCACCUCGCCCUCCAUCCUUCUCUCGCCGCCUUCUCUGGGCCUGGCUGCUGCCACCGCCUCCUUGGGAACUGCAGCCAGGGGUGAGGGGGCUGGUGCGGCCGGAGCCGGCAAGGAGGCGCGGGGCGGCGCGGAGCGCCGGGGCGUGGGGAGCGCGCCUGGCCUGCCCGGGAUCAGAUAACAGCCGGCGGGGGAGGGGGUGCGCCGGCAGUGCUCACAGCCCAACCGAAGGACGGACUCUAGCCGCGCGGGCCGGACCGAGCGCCCCGCACCCGGGGGCGCCGUCCAGGCGCGCUCCCCCGAUCCGUGGCUGCACCGGGGCGAUCGGCUCCCGGAACCAACGCGCCCCUCAACAUGGAGCGCUCCCGGGUGUUGCCCUGAGGCGGCGGCGGCGAUGCAGCCAGCGCGGCGGCGGCCGUGGCCAGGAACGGCCGCCCGGAGCUCGGAGGACGCGGAGCGCGCCGCGCCCGGGGGACUGACCGAGGGCCUUCUAGCAACUGAUUUGUCUCCAACUGGUGCCUGGGAAAUGGCAGCUGCUACUAAUGUAGCCUUGAAGACAGUCACUUGCCCACUCAGCACCGUUACUUAGAAGAUAGGAUUCAAGAGGAGCCACCCUGCCCGGAGCCAGCCUGGGAGAGAGUGAGGGUCACCCCAUCCCCGGGAUGACCACAGCUGGCCGGGCCAACCCCUACAGCAUUGUGUCAUCGGAGGAGGACGGGCUGCACCUGGUCACCAUGUCAGGCGCCAAUGGCUUUGGCAAUGGCAAAGUGCACACACGGCGCAGGUGCCGAAACCGUUUCGUCAAGAAGAACGGCCAAUGCAACAUUGAGUUUGCCAACAUGGAUGAGAAGUCACAGCGCUACCUGGCCGACAUGUUCACCACCUGCGUGGAUAUCCGCUGGCGCUACAUGCUGCUCAUCUUCUCGCUGGCUUUCCUUGCUUCCUGGCUACUGUUUGGCGUCAUCUUUUGGGUCAUCGCGGUGGCCCAUGGUGACCUGGAGCCAGCUAAGGACCAUGGCCACACGCCCUGUGUGAUGCAGGUCCAUGGCUUCAUGGCAGCCUUCCUCUUUUCCAUUGAGACGCAGACUACCAUUGGCUACGGGCUGCGCUGUGUGACGGAAGAGUGCCCAGUAGCCGUCUUCAUGGUGGUGGCGCAGUCCAUUGUGGGCUGCAUCAUUGACUCCUUCAUGAUCGGUGCCAUCAUGGCCAAGAUGGCCCGGCCCAAGAAGCGGGCACAGACGCUGCUGUUCAGCCACAAUGCCGUUGUGGCACUGCGCGAUGGCAAGCUCUGCCUCAUGUGGCGUGUGGGCAACCUACGUAAGAGCCACAUUGUAGAGGCCCAUGUAAGGGCUCAGCUCAUCAAGCCGAGGGUCACGGAGGAGGGUGAGUACAUCCCACUGGACCAGAUUGACAUCGAUGUUGGCUUUGACAAGGGCCUCGACCGCAUCUUCCUGGUGUCGCCCAUCACCAUCCUGCACGAGAUUGAUGAGGCCAGCCCACUGUUCGGCAUCAGCCGGCAGGACCUGGAGACGGACGACUUCGAGAUUGUGGUCAUCCUGGAGGGCAUGGUGGAGGCCACGGCCAUGACGACACAGGCCCGAAGCUCCUACCUGGCCAACGAGAUCCUGUGGGGCCACCGCUUUGAGCCUGUCCUCUUUGAGGAGAAGAACCAGUACAAGAUUGACUACUCGCACUUCCACAAGACUUACGAGGUGCCCUCCACGCCCCGCUGCAGCGCCAAGGACCUGGUGGAGAACAAGUUUCUGUUGCCCAGCGCCAACUCCUUCUGUUAUGAGAAUGAGCUGGCCUUCCUGAGCCGCGAUGAGGAGGAUGAAGUGGACGAAGACCAGGACAGCAGUAGCCCUCAGGCCAGGCACAACUUUGACAGACUCCAGGCCAGUGGCGGCACCCUUGAGCAGCGGCCCUACAGACGGGAGUCAGAGAUCUGAGCCACUGUUAGCCAAGAUGCAGCAUCUGCCCAGCCAGGGUGAGGCCCGCAUCCUGCGAGGGCCCUGGGUUUGAGCAGAAUGGGCCAGGAGCCCCAGUUGCAGACUCAGUAGCGUUUUAGCUGUUUUACGCUUCUUCACAAUGGCCUCGGAAGGUUGGUGAAGGAGUGGGAGGCUGGAGUGGGUGCCUCACCCCCACCUCAGAGGCCUGGGCAGGCUCAGGGGCAAGUAGGUGGCCUCCUAGGGGCUAAGGGUUUUUGCCUGAGGAAAAAGAUAUAGCCUGUCCAGAAAUGGCUCGACAGCCGCCCAGCCUUUGGGCAAAAGCUGGCACGCUGCAGGGCACCUCACUGGUUUUUAACUUGAGGAGAAACAGAGUUACAGCUUUCUCAAUCUUAGUUUGGGUAUGACUGUUUACAAAAAAUAUAUGUAGCAAAUGAUUUGAAAUUUUUUUAAUCCAUGGGUGUACCAAAAAAAAUGACAAUUAGAAUGCCAUUGGUCUGCCAGGAUACAAGCAGCUGGGUGAAGGCUCCAGAAGGUCCUCUGAGGCUGGGCAGGCCAUGUGUGUGUAGGUGGCUCCCAGGCAGCAAGCACAGGGCUCACAGUGGUUCUUUAUGCUCAUGAGCCAAUUAGAUUCCAUUUGUGAUAGAAAAACCAAGACCAUGUUAAUGAUCAUAAUAAAAGCUUUCCAAUGUCAUAGAGGUGGGGAUAGAGGCCAAAGAAGAAAACUAGUUUGAGCUGUCUGAGUUUGACUUUGUACCUUAGAGGUAUCUCUCAGAGCCAGAUAUGAGACCUGCCCGCUGUGGAGAGUCCCCUCUCCUUCAACAUACCGGAUUCUCCUGUUUUGUUUCUCUCUCCUUUUUCUGGCCAUUGGCCUCUAUGCCAUCUACAGUGAGAGGCAGUUGGGAAAUGUAGGACUGGAUGGCUCUGUGGGAAGGGAAGCCAGGUGGAAGGUUCCCAGGCUAGAAGGAAGCAGGUCAGCCCCAUCCUGAAUGGGGCCAUUGGGUGAGUCGUGCCUUAGAGACACUGGGUGAUCUGGCUCCAGCUGUUUCUGUUUUUAUUGGACUCCCCUGUCCUCCUUGCUGCCAUGACUCUACUGCAAAGUCCCUGCUAGCAAGCCCCUCUGUCUACAGAGGCUUGUCUGACCUGGUUCUCCCCCUACACCUGGAGCAGCACCACCUGUGAGCCCAGGUCGGUGGCAGCCAGGCUGUACCCUGCCAGAAUGGCAGAGGAACAAUUUUAGGGAAGGCGUGGAAUUGUCAGUCAAGGUGACUGGGAGGGUCACAUGCAUCCAGGCACCCCAAUCAGGAAGAGGUUUGGGGCUGUUAGGGCUCUACUGGCCCAGAAGCAGGCCCGGAGACCCAGAGCUGCCUAAUGUGGGCUUGUUCUUGGCAGAGAAGACAGCUGGUGGGGGCUGGACCCUUCCCAGGACAGCUAAGAAUGCUGCGCUCCCAAAUGACCAGGCCCAUAAGGAAGUCAGUGUUAGAAAGUUGGGGUCUCCUCAGCCUGCCUUUCCAGGCCUCUCCAACCUGCGCCCCAAAGACAGCUCUCAACAUGAAGCCAUCAGGACCUCUGAGAGGCAGAGUGCAAAGUCAUGCAAAUAAGGAUGGGACUUGGGAGACUGGCAAAGGCUGGGCCCUGGGUGGGGUCUCUUGCCUCGUCCCUCCUCCUCCAACCCUGGAGCCCUGACCUCAGGUCAGGGGCUGUGGAGGACCUGGGCACAGGCUAUCAGCCCCCACCCAGAGACAGGCCCUUAGGUAGGCCUGACUCCCGACACCCUCUCCUAGCCUCAGAUUUCACCCCAACUUCUGGCCAAGAAGUUUCAGCCCAAGAUACUUGAGGCAGCUCUUUUAUCUCAUGGUCUGCUGGAGGGAUCUCCGCUCCUUCCAGCCCUGAGCGCCCGCCUUUCUCAGCCUUAGCCGUGGUGGUAAGGGUGGAGUUGAUGUAGGAGCACUUACCCACCACCCACACCCAGAUUGUCAGGCUGAGGUAACCCCAGUUAGGGAAGCAUAGUGGCCAGUGCUCCUAUCUGCCCAGCAGCCCGGAUCUUCCCAGGGCCAGGUAGGCCAGCCUUCCACUCACCCGACCCAGAGCAGAGCCCAGGGACCCCGGAACCCCAAGGCCCUGGCAAUCUCAGGUGGCCUGGUGCACCUCCUCUCAGACCUGUCCCCUCCCUGUUCAGCCGCCAGAUCCUGUGGGAGAGCAGCCCCAAGCUGCCUUUCAUCUCUCGCCAAAAGUAGAUGCUGCGUUUUCAAACUCUUCUGCCCUUUUCUUUUCCUCUCCUGUAUUUAUUUAUUUAUUGCUUGUGCUAAAGACCAAAAUAGUCUUCCUCUUUAAUGCACUUGAAAUGGGAGGGUGGAUGGGAGGAGGAGCUGUGUGUGUGCAGAGCCAGAAUCACUGGGCCCCUGGGAUGCGUGCGGGGUCGUGUGUGUCCGUGUGGUGAGUGGAGAGGAUGUUAACCCACUGAACGUGCUGCGCACAGGUGAGUAGGGCACACUUGUGCACAUGUGAGUGUGUGUGUGCAUGUGUAUGUACGUGGUAUGUGGUCUGUGUGACAUGCAGGUGUGUGUUCCAACCUGCUCCCACCCUCACCCUCCCAGGAAGUGAGAUUUCCAAGAAGUUUCUCAACGGCCUGAACCAGGAGGUCCAGAGGUUGGAGUGCGCUAAGGACGUGGCCUCUGCACUGUGCCCUGAGACACUGAGCUGCUUAUGUGGGAAAGGGCCAUGCUGGCAGAAGGGUGUGUGUGACUGUGAGACUGUGAGCACCAAGUAUGUGGAUUUAUAUGUGGAAUUGUCUCAUCUGUGUUCGAAUGAAACAUGCAAUUAUGGCUUUGCCUGUAAGUUCGUGAGAGUGUAGAUUCAUGAUGUGUGGGACUGUUGUACCGAUGUGUGCACAUGAUGAUAUCCAUAUAUACAUGAAGUGUGAGUAUGUAUACACACACACAUAGUUAUGUGUAUAUAACCAUAGGUGUUUGUGUGUGUGUGUGUUUUAUAUGCGGAUGUUUAAAUGUUCGCCUGGCUGUAAGGCUGGGCACACACAGCACCCAGGAUACUCACCGGCCAUGGUCCUCAGCAGAGCUGCACCCAGUAGUCCCACUGGCCCUCUGCCCUGCUCGUGUCCACAUGGGCUGUGUGGAGUAUGUGUGCCAGGGUGAGGCUCCUGUGUGCCUGGGCAUGAGGUGAUAUCUAGGCAUGAAUGUGAGUCCUUGGCAUCCAGCAGUGAGCGAUUACAUGUAGGAGGCCUGUGAACAUGUUACGUGCAUGUGGUGCAUUUGUGUAGCAGCAGGUGCCUGCCUGCAGGGGGUAGUGUGUGUGUGUGUCAGUGUGUGCAGGUCCUGGGAGCUGUGCACACAAAUAUCAAGGGGUGGUGUAUCCAUGUGUGCACCCUUGCAUACUGCCUCCUGUGUCCCACUGGUGCUGUGCCACCCAGUCCCUGCCUGCUUAAAGGUUCCAGUGGGGCUGCGGGGGGAGGUCUGGUGGGAAGGAGGGCCCUGUCUGCCCUGCGUGAGAUCACAGAAUGUGAAAUAUAUUUUAAAUGGUGAAACUGGAGAAUUUUCAUGUUAUUUUCAAUAACAAACACAUAGGCCACGAGACUAGACCACAUUAAAUGCAUUUUGAUCUCUGA